CUAAACUGUUUUCAUAUUCUAGGCCAAAGCGCCCAAAACGAACGUCAGGUACUGCGGCAAUUUCGUUUUUCGGAUCUGGUUCGCAUGUUGGUUAUUGCUACUAGGAGCAUAACUGGUUUUCCCAAUUUUAUUAAGACGCUCCACAUAGAGUCAUAUGGCAUCUGGGAAUUCUGUUAUCGUCUCAAGUCAAAUAAAUGCAUCGUCUCCGUCAGUGUUGGCGACGGAGAGUUCAUGUCAAAAUAGUAUCGCUUUAUCGGAUUCUCCUCGUCACCACACAGUCCCACAUGGUGAAGCUCAUCCCCCUCCUACGCAACUCAUCAAGCUAAAUUCUCUUGCUGGCCCUUCAGUCUCAAGAAAAGAGAAACUCCAUACAUCUUCGCGAUUUGGUGCUCCAAAGAGUCGUGAGCUUAAUCCUUUACCUCUCAUUAAAGAUUCUGAGAAUCAAGAAAAGCGAGAGGAGUUAUUUAUUCAAAAACUAAAACAAUGCUCAGUUGUAUUUGAAUUUGUACCAGACAUUUUGAGCGAUUUAAAAGAUAAAGAGGUGAAACGAGCAGCUCUGCACGAAUUGACUGAAUAUCUGACUGAAAAUUCCGGCAUAAUUACAGAUUCAAUAUAUCCAGAAGUGGUUCGAAUGGUUGAAGCCAACUUAUUUCGUACAUUACCACCACCAAGUAAUCCAUCUGGUGCAGAAUUUGAUCCAGAAGAGGAUGAGCCAACGUUGGAGGCUGCUUGGCCUCAUUUACAAUUGGUAUAUGAAUUCCUACUUCGAUUCAUUGAAUCUCCAAAUUUUCAACCAAAUGUUGCUAAGCGUUAUUUUGAUACAAAAUUUGUAUUACAGUUAUUAGAAUUAUUCGACAGUGAAGAUCCUCGUGAACGUGAUCUUGUUAAAACUAUAUUACAUCGUGUAUAUGGUAAAUUUCUUGGAUUACGUGCAUUUAUUCGUAAACAAUUCGGUAACAUAUUUUAUAAGUUCAUUUACGAAACAGAAGUUCAUAAUGGAAUCGCUGAACUUUUAGAAAUUUUGGGCAGUAUCAUUAAUGGAUUUGCAUUACCAUUGAAAGAAGAACAUAAAAUAUUUUUAAUGCGUGUUUUACUACCUUUACAUAAAGUUAAAUCAGUUAGUAUAUAUCAUGCACAAUUGGCUUAUUGUGUUAUACAAUUUUUAGAAAAAGAUCCAACACUUACACAACAGGUUGUUCUUAGUUUGUUAAAAUUUUGGCCAAAAACUCAUAGUCCUAAAGAAGUGAUGUUUUUAAAUGAAUUAGAAGAAAUUCUUGAUGUUGUUGAUCCAUCAGAAUUUCGUAAAAUUAUUCGACCAUUAUUUACACAAUUAGCUAAAUGUGUAUCAUCUCCUCAUUUUCAAGUUGCAGAACGUGCAUUAUAUUUUUGGAGUAAUGAUUAUAUACUACAAUUAAUGCAUGAUCAUGUUGAAGAAAUUUUACCUAUUAUGUUUCCUGCAUUAUAUCGAACAAAAGAACAUUGGAAUAAAACAAUUCAUGGUCUUGUAUACAAUGCUUUGAAACUAUUCAUGGAAAUGAAUCAAAAACUUUUUGAUAGUUGUACACAACGAUAUAAAGAAGAAAGACAAAAAAGUAGAGAAGAAGCUAAACGUCGGGAACGUGUAUGGGCAACAUUAAGUGAAACUGCCAAAGGCAAUCCAUUAUACGCUGUCGUUAUGAAAGAAGCAUCAAUUUCUAAUCGUGAAUUACCAAUUUCAGUUGCGCCUAAUUCCAUUUCAUCAUCACCAUCUCCCAUGGGUGACCAUUGUGUAAAUAAUGGGACUCCAUCUUCAAAUAACACUGUUGAAAAUGAUGACGGUUCUCUUGGUCCUGAUGAAGAUGUUAGCGGUUCGUUGAUGAAUCUUCAACGUGAAGCGGAGGAUAAUACGGAACUUCGUGGUAUAAUUAAUGAACGACGUCGUGAUAAACUUCCUAUGAUUCAAAGAAAAUCAGAGCUUCCUCAUAGUCAAACUACUAUUCGUGCACUUGAACAACAUCGUCGUCCAGAUGAAUAUUUAAAAACUCAACCUGACAGCUAAGGUUUAAAGGAUUUUUUUUUCAAAAUAUUAAUUAUUAGCUAAGUAUCCCGGUCUCAGCAGGUUUCUGACACACACACACACACCUAUAUAUAUAUAUAUAUAUGUGUGUGUGUGUGAAUGUAAAAAAAAAAAUACAAACCUAUGGUAUAGUAUAAUGCUUCAUUCUUUUUCCCCAUAGAUGUAGCUUACUGUUGAGAUGUUAAUUUCUCUCUAAAACUAUUCAAUGUUAACUAAUUAAGUUCAAUCAGUUUAUCUUUUUGUUGUUUUAUAAUGAAUAUUCUUUUUUUGUCUGUUUACUUACUUACUUACUUACUGCCUUUCAAUCUCUUUACUUGAAUCAUUCAAUAUGUUUGUAUUAUCUGUCACCGCCUUUCUCCUCCGCCCGCCCCCUCUCCUUGGCAUCCAUCCACCUUUUUUUUUUCUCUUUACAAACAAGAUUUCACUUGGACUCAAUAUUUCAGUUUAUUGUUUUACACCUUUUUAACUUAUCUCGUAUACUCACUCACUCACACACACACACAGAUGUGUGUGUUCGUUUGCUUUGUGUUAUAUGAUAUACUACCUUUUAUUAGUAUAUUAAGUAGUAUCUUCCAACAAUAUUUGAUAUAAGUUAGUGUUUGUUUCUUUGUUCAUUACCAUUUUCUUUCCCUCAUGUAUACACUGGUGCAAAAAGAAAAUGGACAUUGAAGAUUAAACCUAGUCAUCAUAAGUAGUAACUUUUUAUAUUCUUCCUUAUUAUUAUUAUUAUCUUAUUCAUACUACUACUACUACUACUACUACUACUACUACUACUACUACUACUACUACUACUACUACUACUACUACUACUACUACCUUGAAUAUGAAUUUUAUCUCUCAGGUCUUUUUCCUGUUCUCCCCUUUUCUCUUCUUUAAUCUCCUUCUUUUUUCACCAUUCAUUGCUUCAUUGAAUAAAGAUAUAUAUAUGUGUUAAUUAUCUUUUUUUCAAAAAUGUGAUCUUGUCCAUGUUUCGUUUCAUUGAUCUAAUUAACCAUCAAUUCUUAUAUUAUUUGAUCAAUUUCUGUCUUCUUAAUACUCUAGUGUUUAUUAGUAGUAUAAAUAGUUAGUAGUAGUGAUAGGUGGAAAGUAUUUAAAAAAAAAGGAUAAUAAUCAUCUACAGAAAUACAUAUGAUUGUGGAUUAGAUAUUGUAUUCAACUUCUCUUAUAUAUUCUCAUUUGUUUGUUGUUUUUUUUGGUUUUUCUUUCUUUCUCUCUUUUUUCUGGCAAUAGACAAUAUUCAUUGCAUAUAUAUAUAUAUAUAGAUAUACAUUGAUAUUUGUGUAAUCAUUUGUAUUGAAAUAAUUGAUAUACAAAUAUUUACUGAUGUUUGAUUUUUUGUUUAUUUGAGUAUGUAAACAAACAAACAAAGUAGUACAUUA